AUAAUUCAAGACAUUUUUACAUCACCGAUCUCUCCCGUCUGUACAGAUCCUGGAUGCUUGCAAAUACUGCGCUGAAAAUGGAACUUGAUAAAGCCAUCCUGAUCAAUUAAUCCGGGGGUAAAAGCGUGUCAGUCAAUUAGCAAUCCGCACAGCCAUUGAAACAUGUGGAUAAAAGCUGAUACGGAUCUUCUGUGAAAGAGCAAGCCAGUUUGCUUCCAACUGCUAUUUACAGACACAAGGAGAGUCACACUACCCAAUUAUUAACGCUGAGAAACCUGCUCCCAUAGCUUCUCUUGUAAGUCUGAAUAAAAAUGAGUGGGGCUUUCGCCAAGCUGGACCCAAGGCGAGUCCAAUGGGGUGCCACGUGGUACGCCUUUCACUCGCGGAUCCUGCGCACCAAGCCGGUGGAGUCGAUGCUGGACGGUGCAGGCAGCGGCACACCUCACAGCACCAAACUGGCACGAGUACUCACCACCGUGGACCUGGUCUCGUUGGGAGUUGGCAGCUGCGUGGGCACUGGGAUGUACGUGGUAUCUGGACUGGUUGCCAAGGAAAUGGCCGGGCCGGGAGUCAUCGUGUCCUUUAUCAUUGCAGCCGUAGCUUCCAUCCUGUCAGGGGUGUGCUAUGCUGAGUUUGGUGUGCGGGUCCCCAAGACGACAGGAUCGGCCUACACCUACAGCUACGUGACUGUCGGGGAGUUUGUAGCUUUCUUCAUUGGCUGGAACCUCAUCCUGGAGUACCUGAUUGGCACGGCUGCGGGUGCCAGUGCUCUCAGCAGCAUGUUCGACUCCCUGGCCAAUCACACCAUCAGCCACUUCAUGAUAAACCACGUGGGCACUCUGAACGGCUUGGGCAAAGGAGAGCAGUCAUACCCAGACCUCUUGGCCCUGGUCAUCGCUAUCCUGGUGACGGUGGUCGUGGCGCUAGGAGUGAAGAACUCGAUCGGGUUCAACAACGUCCUAAAUGUUAUUAACCUGGUGGUGUGGGUCUUCAUCAUGAUCGCUGGGCUCUUCUUCGUCGACGGCAGCAACUGGGACAACGCAAACUUUCUUCCUUUCGGAUGGUCAGGGGUUCUACAAGGGGCAGCCACCUGCUUCUAUGCCUUUAUCGGUUUUGAUAUCAUCGCUACCACAGGAGAAGAAGCUAAGAAUCCCAACACUUCCAUUCCGUACGCAAUCACUGCCUCGCUUGUGACCUGCCUCACUGCAUACGUCUCUGUGAGUGUGAUUUUGACCCUGAUGGUUCCCUACAAUGACAUUGAUGCAGAGUCCCCGCUCAUGGAGAUGUUUGUGGUCCACGGAUUUCAUGCAGCCAAGUAUAUUGUGGCCAUUGGCUCCAUUGCUGGGUUGACUGUGAGUCUCCUAGGCUCCCUCUUCCCCAUGCCCCGGAUCAUUUACGCCAUGGCUGGAGAUGGUUUGCUCUUCAGGUUCCUGGCCCACGUGAGCAGCUACACGGAAACACCUGCUGUGGCCUGUGUCGUGUCCGGGUUCCUGGCCGCCCUGUUGGCCCUGCUGGUCAGCCUCAGGGACCUGAUAGAGAUGAUGUCCAUCGGGACCCUCCUAGCCUACACACUGGUGUCUGUGUGCGUCCUGCUGCUGCGCUACCAGCCAGAGAACGAUAUUGAUGGCUUUGUCAAGUUCCUCUCUGAGGAACACACCAAGAAAAAGGAAGGGAUCCUAGCUGAGUGCGAGAAGGAGGCCUGCUCUCCAAUGAGUGAGGGGGAGGAGUACGGUGGGCCACCAAGCAACACUUGUGGGGCCAAAAACCUGCCGUCCCUGGGAGACAACGAAAUGUUGAUUGGCAAGUCUGACAAAACCAACUACAACGUCGAUCAUCCGAACUACGGCACCGUGGAUAUAACGUCAGGAAUAGAGGCUGAUGAAUCAGAGAAUAUAUACCUUAUCAAGUUGAAGAAGCUGAUUGGUCCUCGCUACUAUACUUUGAGGAUUCGGCUGGGCCUGCCCAGUAAAAUGGACCGGCCCACUGUUGCCACCGGCCGUAUUGUCACCAACUGCGUCCUGCUGCUUUUCACACUGAACGUCAUCUUCUGCUCCUUCAUCAUCUUUGGAUCCGAUUACAUCUCAGACCACAACUGGUGGGCUAUUCUCCUGGUGGUCCUCAUGGUUGUGCUGAUCUGUGCCCUGGUCUUUGUCAUCCUACAGCAGCCAGAGAAUCCCAAGAAGCUCCCAUACAUGGCGCCAUGUGUCCCCUUUGUGCCAGUCUUCGCCAUGCUGGUCAACAUUUACCUCAUGCUCAAGCUCUCUGGCAUCACCUGGAUCCGUUUUACAGUCUGGUGCUUCAUUGGCAUGCUGAUAUACUUCGGCUACGGGAUAUGGAACAGCACACUGGAGAUCAGCGCCAGGGAAGAGAUCUUUCAACAGAGUACUUAUCAGCGCUACGACGGGGAUGUGGAUGAUAGCUUCACUGUGGACGAUGGCUUCGGCUACCCAGAGGAGGGGGGCAGCCAGCACCAGGACUGGGGUGCUCCGGAGGACCGUGGGUACCAUUACCAGCAGCAGCAAGCCAUGCCUGACAGUGUAGACAACAGGACCUCGUACAGCAGUAAACCCAAAAGCAAAGGGAAAUCUAGUCGGAAUUCUGAAGCCCUGAUCGCCAAUGACGAGCUAGAUUACUCACCGGAGUAAGAAUGUAUUAGAAUGUGUUUAAUGUUAAAACAGCCCUUAGGUUAGAAUGUUUGCUUUUUUAUUUUGAAAGGUUUUUUUUUAUUUUAUUUUAUUUUUUGCUAUAUAUUUAUUUUGAUUUUUACAGCCCUCAGGCAGCGUUCUAUAGUUAAACUGUGUUUGAAGCUAUUUGGAAAAUCUGGGAUUCAGUUUACCCACACAUACCAAAAUGAUCGCAGAAAAAAUUUAAUUGUUAGUGUUGGCUCAAUUUCCAACAAACUGCUGCAUUGGUUUCCAUCCUGCAUUUGGUUUAAAACAUGAAAGUUCUAGAAAAGUUUUUACUUCAAUUUAUGGUUGACUUUAUUGCCUUCACAGAAAAUACCGAUGUAAUGCUUGUGUAGAGCUCUUUACUGUAACCCCACUUUGGCAAUUUGUCUUAAUAUUGGUUAUAUGGGAAGCACUGGUUCUCCACAGUGACAGAUGGGCCCAUAUAACUAGGCCAUGUCUGGCAUUAAAACGUUUGGAGUUUAAUAUCUAGACAGUUUUGAAAAUGUAUGGCAUACUUGACUACCAGUAUAGCUGUAAUUAAUGCUAAAACAGGGUAUCUAGUUGGGUAUCUACCGAAAGCUGUUUCCUCUACUGACAUUACAUGACAUCUAGCUCAAGGGUGUGUGUGUAAACAAAUAGUAACUGGACUUUGCUUGCAAUAGUGCCUUCAUGAGUCGGUGUUGUGUGCGUUAACUUUUCCCUUAAUUAUCCUCCAGAGAUAGUUCUACUGUAUCUGGGAAAAGGGACAGCUUUAAGGUGUUAUUUUUGGACUGGGUUUGUGCAUUUUAUCUAUGGAGAUGUACCUCACUGUUCUAAACCCUAUCUAAACCCUGUCCUUUGCAAGCAGCCUGAAUUUGUAUAUAUUGCUAAUAGUCUGAUGUACAAGUCGAAGGGUGUGUAAAAGUUAAAUGUGACUUGCUUGUAUUUCUCCACCAAAAAAAAAAAGUAAGCAUGAGUGGGAGUUCAAUGGUUGCACUGAAUGUUGGCUGUGUCUUAAUUUGCACCCCAUCCUACAAGAAAUGCUUUUCCAUUCCUAAUUCUUAGGGGAAGCUACUAUGUCCCUUUGUUUAUUCCCUUCCUCAAGCUGUCUAAAUUUCCCUGAAAUAUGUUGAUGUUGAAAUGCAUGUCAAAGCAAAAAGGGAUGCAGGAGAUUUAGGGAAUAGCCUCAAUGUUCUUCCACGUUUUGUUUUAGGUGUUUUCACUUACAUUAAACGGCAGGUAAUUAAUUAAAGAGCCUUAAGGAUGUGGAAGCAAUUGUAAUCACUUUAAUUAAUCCAUGUUAUUAAUGAUACUUGCCAACAGUGAGUAAAGUCAAACAAACAUAUUUAUUAAGCUUACAUUAUUCAAUUAUUAGCCUCCAUUGAUUACUGCUAAUAUAGAAAUACACAGUUAUAGCAAAUCUACUCCUAGACGGAAUAUACAACUCAGCUAGUUUAAAAACAGUAAGAGAAUAGGUGUGCAGUAUCUGCCUGAACUGAGGGUUAUUCUUUCAGGAACAGGAGUGAAGGAUGUCCUCUUGAAUCUCCCGAAUAGCGCAAGAAAUGUAUCAAGGUUCAGUGUAUUUAUAUGCUACAGCUCCAACUCUAGGGUGAGGCCCUUAUGCGUACAAAGCUAAUUGGAUUUGUGUUGAGCAUUGAUUGGUUAAGGAGUUGCUAUGUUCCCAUCCCUUGCACUUCAACCUUUUUAUGUUCACUCUGCCACGUAAACAACCUUGAUAGGACCGGUUUUAGCCAGACCACUGGCUUGUUAUUGUGGUCCACACCCUGUGUACAUGAACUUUCAUUACCCUUAUUUCAAACAUACAAUUUGGCCCUUUCUUAUGUUCUUUGAAUAUUAUAGUAUAUUGUUUUGGACUUGCUAUACUACAUUUAUAAAUGGGAAGUCAAGGCCAAGGCAGGGUUGACUAGGCCUCUCAUUGGCAUUAGCUGUGCGUGUAUUAGCAAAACCACUUCAAUUGCAUACAUGCCAACAGUCCCCAUAUGGUCUUGAUUUCCUAGCAAAUGUCCCGCGUCCCGAUGCAUAGGAAGAAAGUGCCGAUAUUUACCGAUAGAAAAAAAAAAUCAUUUAUUCUGCACAGUACAGUUAGUGAAAACCACACGCUGUGCUCUUCGUGCGGCUGACACAGCUGAUCACUAACUUAUACAAAGGUAAGAACACUUCAUUAUGUCUAUUUUUACUGUCAUGGUGGUCGGGUCGUGUUGAGUGUUUUUUGCGUAUGACUCCUCCCAUGUAUAUGAUGUAUAUGAACCCCCCACGACCCCCAGAGACCAGCGUCCCGCUGAACAGUUUCCAAUUGUUGGCAAGUAGACAAUUGGACAUCUGUACACCAGUAUUUAUCUGUUUUGUAGCACAGCAACCAGAAGAUCCAUAAAGUAAACAAGGCAUGUUAGGGUUCCCUGGAGGUAUUUAGGCCCCUUUACAGAAAACAAGCCAGUUUCCUGACGGUUUUGCAUAAUGCACACAAUUUUUUUUUACAGGUGUUUAAUAACUAUUUUUGUCACUGUGUUUUUUAGAACUGUUUGUGAUUUUUGUCAAAUGAGAGGUUAUCCUCUAACGCUAAAUCAUGAACACCUCAGAAUUUGACUUCCACACUGCAGUGAAAAAAGGUGUUAUUUUUUCUUCUAGAACAGAGACAUUCAGUAUAAUACUCUGCAACAGCUUUGGAAUUAUAAUUUAGGCCCAACAGGCUGAAUUGAAAUACUGUAUGGUAUCAGUGUGUUAAAUUAUGAACCUGCAAAACUAUUUUGUUAUAGUACGAAACAAGUGUUGUCAUUAUUGCUUUUAAAGUCAGCUACUGUGUGUUUCUCUUAUCUCUGAAUGAAACCGUAUCCAGUCCAACUUGUAAAUCUUUCAGUCAUUCCAGUUUCUUCGGUCUUUGUUUGAAAAUGUUGAAAUUGGCUUUUUGCAUAUUAACAUAUCUAUCUAUCUAUAUAUAUAUAUAUAUUUUCUGCUGUAUAUUUUGCAGUUCUGGUAUGAUGGUUCUGUACUAUGGUUUGUUUAUUUUUUCUUGCGUUUCCUUUGCUCUUUGGUGCACUGUAUAAUGAGAUAUUGUGCAGACUCAUGCAACAAUGAAACUAUUUAUUGCAGAUACAGAAUAGAGUGGCUCUUAUUUUAACGUUUUUGUUUUGAUGACAAUAUAUCAUUACCUGCUUUCAAAUAAAUAUUUCACAAAAAGUGUAUAUUUUACUAAAAGCAUA